GAAUCGGUGCGUCCUCUUCGCACUAGACAGCUGGGGGAUCAGUUCUGCUGAUAUAAGAUUUUACAGUCAGGUGUUUGUACCGGCGGAGAUGUCUCUGUCGUCCACGCAGGGCCCAGACAAGACCAGCCGGAGAAGGAGGCCGGCUGAACACACGCAAGAUCCUCCAUGGGAGCCUAAGCCUCAGGCAGGAGGUCCUAAUCAUGAAGAGCUCCAUGACCGACUGUGUGGAGGUGAACAACUUAAUUCAGCAGGCACUCCAUCUUCACAUCAGUCUAUAUGUCCUACACUGUGCCCAAGAAAAUGCAUAUCUACACACACAUGUCCGAACCAUUACGCUUUCGAUGACAACUUGGUGGAGAUCCAAAGCAAGAGAACCAUCCGAGCAGAGAACGAAGUGGAAGCCAACAAACUGGUCAAUAACUACAGAUUUGGUUUUAGAAAAUGGAAGAGCCAUGUGACAGAGCGUCCGUUUGAAGACAGGUCAGAGGUUGUGAAAGAGCUCUAUUCUGAUCUGAACACCAUUAAACCACAUUCAGGUCGGCUCAUCACAUGUGGAAAUGUAGUGUAUGUGUUCCUCUUCGGUUGGUGGGUUUCUUUGGCGCAUUUCCUAGUUGGCCUACUUAUGUUCAUCACUGUGACUGGUAUACCAUAUGGCAAACUUUGCUGGAAGUUGUCGUUGUACUUCCUGUGGCCAUUUGGCAAGUCAGUCCAUGAGAUUGGAAAUACAUUGAGGAGAUGUUGUGAGCAAGCGCCAGACUGUGAGUGUAACAUAGAGGAAGAUACUUCACCAGUUCUGCUGCCUUCACCCACAGAGGUGCCACUCCCAGAGCUGCCAGGACGACCUCUGUGCACUCCAUACUGGCAUCGUUUCUCCACCUACGUCUGGCUGCUGAUCGGAUACCCUCCUUUGGUGGUCAUCCAUUCCCUGGCUUGCUUCUUGGCCUGGAUCUUGGUCUUCACCAUCCCUGUUUCUAAGAUGAAUGCACGGACCAUGGCUGCCAUUCUUCUCUUGGCUCCUGAGGACGUAUCUGUCUCCACCUGCUCACAGAGGAAGCGUCAAGGCUAUGAGACCAGGGCACUGCUGUGCUGCUACCAUGCUGUAAACUGGUACUACUACAAGUACACUGUUGAUGGGAUCAAUGUGUUUGCUGUCAACCUCCUCCCUCUAGUAAUAAUUGCAUUGGUAGUUGGAUAUAUUGACAGAGAAAACCAGUACGCCAGCUCUGACGUCAAGUUUGCCAUAGCAAUCGGCUCCAUCAUACCUCUGUCUUAUUAUAUAGGUAUGGGAAUUGCCAGUAUCUCAGCCCAGAGUAACUUUGCUGUGGGAGCAGUGGUAAACGCCAGCUUCGGCUCCAUCACAGAGUUGACAUUUUACAUCACAGCCCUGCUCAAAGGCCACCACGCAGCCAAUUCGUGUCUGCAGGAGGUUGUUAAAGCAGCGCUGACUGGCACACUGCUCGGAUGCAUCCUCUUCAUCCCGGGCAUCUGCAUGAUAAUCGGAGGGCUGAGACACAGUGAGCAAACGUUCAACAGUCGCUCUACAGGAGUGAGCUCUGGGUUGCUUUUCAUCUCUGUAGGAGGUGUGUUUGCACCCACGCUGUUCUCCAAGGCUUAUGGAAAUCUGGUGUGUGAGGCCUGCACUAACUCCACUGGAGGAAACAGCACAAGUAACAGCAGCGGGCCGUUCGUCUGCCACAACUGCCACUACGAUCUGCACAAUGGCACAUUGUUUCACAACCAUGUUGAGCCUCUGGUGUACACAGUGUCUGCCCUGUUGCCAGUUGCCUACAUCAUUGGUUUGAUAUUCACACUGAAGACGCACUCCCACAUUUAUGACAUCCAUGUUGGAGAGGGACAGGUGACUGGCCACCAUGGGGCAGUGGUCCACUGGUCUCGGUGGAGGUCUCUGGUCAUCCUCAUCAUGGCCACUGUGCUCACAUCUGCUUGUGCCGAUCUUGUCACCGAGAACAUCCAGCCCAUACUAAGCCAGCCCAACAUGUCUCAGUAUUUCAUUGGGGUGACAGUCCUCGCUAUGGUUCCUGAGAUCCCAGAGAUUGUCAAUGGGAUCCAGUUUGCUCUCCAAAACAACAUCAGUCUCAGCUUAGAGGUGGGAAUCUGUAUUGCUGUUCAGGUCUGCAUGCUCCAGAUACCAGUUCUGGUCUUAUUUAAUGCCUUCUAUGAUGUGGGAUUUGUGCUGUUAUUCAGUGACCUGCACCUGUGGGCCAGUAUCUUCAGUGUCAUUCUUGUCAACUACAUCUUCAUGGAUGGAAAGUCAGAUUAUUUUCAGGGCACAGCACUGGUGGUUGUCUAUCUUAUUCUUCUGGCUCUGUAUUACUAUGCUCCAUCUCCAGCAGGCUGCUGACUGUGGGACACUUUUCAACCCAGGGUUAAAAUAUGGAGGACUCUUAAUAAUGUUCAAAUUUAAAACCUCCCUGUUGAUGAGAUUCUAUCCUGACAGGAUCAGGAUGUAAUGCUCAUAUGUGAAUCCUAACAUGGGCCUUUAUUUUGUUUAUGUUGUUUAAUAAGUUAUGUGAAUGACUAGAAAAUUUUAAUCUCAGGUAGGUGCACCCACCACCAUAAAAUGUACAGUUUGUAAGCUAACAUAUCUGACCUUAGUGUAUGAAUGUUGUAUGUGGUGAAAUACAAAUCUACACUGACGGUAUUUUGUUUAAGGUACUGUUUCAAUGCAUUUUGUGUACUUUUAAAAUGGUACACAUUGUCAGUUAAUAGAAAAAGUAACAUUAUUUUUAAAUGAACUGGUAUCAUAUAUUUGAAAAAUGUGGCAUGACUGGCUGUGCUUGGCAAGAGCAAUAAUCUGUCAAUAGAACAUAUUGAAAAAGUGGCUGCCUGUGUUUUUAUUAUUUGUACAGACAAGAAUUACAAAACAGAAUUUACAUUACAGCCAUAACAGCCCUGGAAGAGGAAUUCACCUUUUAUGCCAAGAGAUCAUGUAAAGUGACAUGCACACCAUACUGACAUGCAAAAUAGUUCAUAUCAUAUAGUUCAACAUCAAAAAGAUGAUGCAAAUAUACAAUAAACGUCUUCAUCGUAAGCAAGGCCGCACGUUUAACAAGUCUGAGUGUGUACUGAAGCAGUAAGAUAUAAAUAAGGUCAUAACAUAUCAAUCGUAACAAAAAGGAAGAGAGGUGGAGUCUUGGAUGUGAAAAUGGGCAUUAUUAUGAUACACAACAAAAUGCUGCAGAUGCUCCAUGUUCAGAAGAGGUUGACCC